UUGCUCAAUCAAAAAAAUUAUCAUCUUCGAUUACUAAUGAGCUUGGUUAUUCUCCUAUAUCACAAACCCAACUUUCUGUUCAAUCGCAUACUACUACUAUUAAUGAUAAACCAUCAUCUUCUACAAAAAAUCUUGUAAUUUGUCAUGGUUAUGGUGCUGGCCUUGGUUUCUUUUAUAGAAACUAUCAUGAUCUUAGUCAAGUUCCUGGAUGGAGAAUUUAUAGUAUUGAUUGGUUAGGUAUGGGUAGAAGUUCACGUCCCAAAUUUACCAUAAAAUCUCAUACAUUUGAUGAAUCUGUCGAAGAAACCGAAAAUUUUUUCGUGGAUUCUCUUGAAAAAUGGCGUCAAUUACAUAAUAUAGAAAAAAUGACUUUGUUAGGCCAUAGUUUGGGUGGUUAUUUUGCUGCUGUAUAUGCAUUAAAGUAUCCUGAUCGCGUGGAACGUCUAAUACUGGUUUCUCCUGUCGGAAUUCCCACAAAUCCUAAUGAGCAAGGCACAGAAAUCAUAAGAACUGCAGUUGGUCGCACUAUGUCCAACAUUUUGGUUAGGUUAUGGGAUGCUGAUAUUACGCCACAAUUGAUUAUGAGGUGGGCUGGUCCUUUUGGUCCUUCAUUAGUCAAUAAAUACACAACUCGUCGAUUUGCUCAUCUCGAUGAACAAGAUCGCUUUGACUUGCAUGAUUAUCUUUAUCACAUAUCUUCUGCACCUGGAAGUGGUGAAUUUGCUUUAUCCAGAAUUCUUGCACCCGGUGCUUUUGCUCGAAAACCAUUAAUUAAUCGUUUGCCAGAAUUGAAAAUGCCGGCCACAUUUAUGUAUGGUGAUUAUGAUUGGAUGGAUUAUCGUGCCGCAGUAAAGGCCAAAAUAAAUAUGAAAGUUCCGACAAAAGUCAUUGUAAUCCCUGAUGCUGGCCACCAUUUAUACCUUGAUAAUCCUAUUGAAUUUAAUAAGGCUGUGGUUACAGAAAUGUUAGAAGUGUCAGAUAUAUAG